AUGAAAUUAAUCGAUUUUAUCGUUCCUUCAUUUUAUUACAGAAUUUCUCAAGAUAUAAGGCUCAGAGACAAAAUUCCAAAUCCGUUGCCAUCUGAAAAAAAGCCAAAAAAGUCUACAAUCAGACUGGAUACAGAAAAAUGUAUAAUGCUCACUGAUAAAAUUAAAUCGUUAAUAGUUAACUCAUCAGCAAACUUAAAUACGCUUCAAUUGGGUUUAGAUGACCUACUUGAUAAAGUUGUCAAGGCAGCAAAGGUUCAAAAACGAAUGACCCAGUAUUUUUCGAAAUUAAGUAUCCCAAUGGAAAUCAAGCUUAGUAUUCUCACGCAAAUUACAGAAUUUGGAUGCAAUACCCCUCAAUUCAUUGUUGAGAAUGCCAAGUCUUUUCAAGAUAAAAUUAUUACAGAUUUCCACCUUCGAAUUUAUACAACAUUAUAA